GCAUGACGGACCUAUAGAGCUUGUACUGGAUCAUCUUCUCGAGACCUACCUCUUCCCUCACCCACUGGUGCAGCCAUCUGUUAUUAUAAAGCCCAAGUCUGUGUGGUCGAUGAACUCCUUCACGACCUCCACCUAGCAGCGGACCAUAAACUGUACCUACUCUCCCAAAGCCUCUACUGGACAGACUGAUCCUAGGCGUAACCUUCGGAUCAUUGAUAGUCUCGUCCUGGACUUACCUACCUGACUGCAGAGCUAGCGAUCCAACCUCAAAUCUACUUGGAAACUCUUAGCGAUCUAUCCUGCGAUCUAUCUAUGGCUACGAACCCCCUGGCCAGUUCAACUUUUUCACGACUAGAGCUGUAUGAAACUCCUGUUCCUGAAAUACAUGCUUGAAUAAACUUGUCCGUGCAUUAAAGAGGUGCGCCAGGGUAUAUUGGAUGCUCGUCCAUUAUGUUUGUAAGCCUCCUACCAGCUCCUCCUGGGUACGUAUCCUGCUCCCAGUUGGCCCUAGAGCACAGUGAAAAAGGUGAAAAAGUGAUAAGUGGUGCUAACUAAGCCACUUAACCCUUUAAGCGCUCUACCUAACCUCGCACGUAAGCAUAUGCCUGCAGUCCUGGAUUCUCCUCCAAUACAAGGCUUCGACCAGGAUCUCCAACCUGUUCUAGCUGAGGAACCUGAGUCCAGAUCUCCGGAGAAGUUUGAUACUCCAGUCGGUAGCUCUACCUCGAGAGCUCGUCUCCUGUCUCGCGGCUGUAUCUACAGACAGUCGAGAUCUUUAAGUAGAGGAAAACCUGUUGCAAAGAACUCGAGGCCUACAAGAUUCAGCAGUUCUACACGAGGUUCGUUAGAAAGAGAGGUUUCUCCAAACCCGGUCUCUGAAUCCUCUCUGAUCCCUGAGUCCUCUCCAGUUCUCCGCCCUGGUCCGAAACCUAAACCUGCUGCUAGGUUGAACCCUCGGCCUUCGGGUCCUGUAGAUGACGAACGGAUCCUUGGUUCUCCUACAAAACCUGAUGAUAGUGUCCUCCACUUAUACCGCAUCCGAAAUCACCUCCCCCUGGACGUAGUAGUAGGAUAAGAUCCCGUGAAUCGCGAUCAUCAACUUCAACUCAGUUCGAUGUUCCACUGCUGGAUGAUCUCGAUAAUGAUUCCCAGAGCUCGGGUACCCUUGUUCCUGAAGAGUUAAACUGGGAUGCUGAGGAGUUUGAAUUGUCUCCGGCUGCAAAGGAUAUUCUUCAGUUCAUCUACGACAUGGAGCCUAACCCUCAAGCCUCCAGCGUGGACCGGAGAAAGCAAAAAAGAAUCCUACAAAUUGCUGUCUCCACCUGGGAAGAAGACUUCAAAAAUUUAGACCCCUCUAAAGUUCCAAUCAGUGAGCUGAAGCAAGCUGUUGAGCGGGCUAAAACCUUCAAAGAAGAAAUUCUUCAAGCUCAGAUUGACAGUGAGCUAUAUGAAGACCUCCAGGACCUCCGUACUAAGGCUGGUACUGCGAGGACAGGGUUCAUCUCAUUUGUAAACCUUGCAUUUGAAGAGAUCCGAAAACUUGAAGACAGAGCAGCUGAGUCAACCCCACCUGCUUCCCUCAACGUCUCCAGUGCCUCUGGUUCGUCCUCCUCCGCCGCCACCAAGGCUAAGGUGCAGCGUGUGGAGAAGUACGCCGAACCUAUGGUUGGCAAGUUGCAAGAAUUGAUUGAUAAACUGGUAGAUUUGGCGUUGGAAUCUCCUGAAACUCAACAGGGUUUCCAAACACUCCAGGAUCGAGCCAAGAAUGCCUACAGAGAGGUCGAAGCCAUGAAGAAGAAGGCCAACGAGAUCAUCAACCAAGCCCUGGAUUGUGAUCUAGAGGAGAAAAGUUCAAAGAUUGAAGACCUCCUAUGGGACCUGGAGAAGAAGGAAGAUGAGCUGGUUGAAUCCAUUCAAAAUCAUAAGGAUGAAUAUGGUAUUUCGAGUGGUUUCAAAUCUACAGAUCUAAAAUUCCCAACAUUCUCAGGAGAACAAACUGAGAAGUAUGAUUAUUAUACCUACCGUGAAGACUGGGAUGCCUGGGUAGCCAUGAGAUCAGUAUCCAAGAUUGAUCAACUGCGUAUCCUCAUCAGACAGAGCCUUGUUGGUCAAGCAAAGGCAGCUUGUCGACAUAUGACAACGCUAGAUGAAGUUUUUUCUCACCUGAAAGAAUGCUAUGGAAAUGCCUCUGAUCUUUUUGUGUACUGAGUUGAGGAGAUCCGCCGUCUCGGGGCCUGCAUCGGUUCCAACGAGAAAAAACGAAAAUGGUCCAUCGAAGUUAGGUCUCAGCUUGUGUAUCUUCGAAACCUGUCUCAGAGGCACGACAUGUAUGAAAACCUGUAUCAUCAUCCUGUUGUCUCUGAGA